AUGGAAAACUCAACCUUGACCACCAAUCAUUCCGAAUGUAAUUUGGUUGACAACCCAGCCAGGAGAAGGUCAUUUCUGUUUUUCUAUGUGGCUGUCAUCGUCACCGCCAUCCCUACCAACACCUUCUUCCUCUAUGUGUCCUGGCAGCACAUCAGGAAGAAGAAUGAGCUUGGUGUGUAUCUGUUCAGCCUGGCUCUGAGUGACCUAACCUUCACUGGUGGUUUUAGUCUCUGGUUGGACUUCCUGUGGCGAGGAGUUUGGAUCCAUGGACACUAUGUUUGUGUGCUGUCCAUAUACUUUCUCUUCAACAACUUCUACACUAGCGAGGCUCUCCUAUGCUGCAUUGCGGUUGGCCGCUACCUGGCAGUGGUUCACCCAUUAAAGUACAGAUCCUGCAGGAAAAUUAGCACCGCAGCAGCAGUUACUGUUAUCAUUUGGGUGUUGGUGGUCUGCUUCAAUGCCAGCACCAUCACCUGGGAGGACUCAUACCAUGAGAACAAGAAGGUUUCAGUGUGUUUUGACAUUUUCAGUCCGCUGUCAGCGAAUCUCAUUGGAGCUAAUGUAAUGCGCUUCUUCAUGGGGUUUAUGAUUCCGCUUUUCCUAGUGUUUUUUUCCACAUGGGGGAUCUGCAUGGCUGUAAAAUCCAACCAGGCUACUGACAAGCAGGAACGCAACCGGAUUUUAAAGCUAUUAACUGUAGUUCUACUCAGCGUUUUGUUCUGCUUUGGACCUAUCCAUGUCAUGAUGCUGCUCCGUACACUGGUUGAUGACUGCAGGAAUAUUGCAUUACUCCUCUAUCCCUACAAGAUCAGUGUUGCUAUUUCAAGCCUUAACUGCCUUGCAGACCCACUUCUUUACUGCUUCAUUACUAGAACAGGACAGGCAAGUGUCAGUCGGGUUGUGCUGUUAUUUCACGAAAAGAAGAAAGACAAUGUUUCAUAUUUUUAA